UGCCGCAGGGAGCAGCGGCCGCUGUCAAUCGACGCGACGGCCAUCAUGAAAGAGAAGAGUAAAAACGCGGCUCGCUCCCGCCGGGAGAAAGAGAACUCUGAGUUCCUUGAGCUGGCCAAACUCCUGCCGUUACCUUCCGCUAUCACCUCGCAACUCGACAAGGCGUCAGUAAUACGAUUGACAACGAGUUAUUUGAAGAUGAGACAAGUCUUUCCUGACGGUCUUGGUGACGCGUGGGGCGCAGCACCGCCGCCAUUACAGCCACGUGAACUCUCCAUACGGGAACUAGGUUCCCACUUACUCCAAACAUUGGAUGGCUUCAUCUUCGUGGUGGCUCCCGACGGCAAGAUUAUGUAUAUCAGCGAGACAGCGUCCGUACAUCUUGGAUUAAGUCAGGUGGAGCUGACAGGCAACUCGAUAUACGAGUACAUUCAUCAGCAGGAUCACGAGGAGAUGAGCGCGGUGCUCAGUCUGCAGCAUCCGCAUUCGUAUCUAGGACAUCAGAUGCCAAGCUUAGGUUAUCCAGUGGGUGGCACGUGGGGCCCAACAGUGGACGUGGAAUGUGAGCGUGCGUUCUUUAUACGGAUGAAGUGUGUACUAGCGAAGAGAAACGCCGGACUCACUACAUCUGGUUACAAGGUAAUCCACUGCUCGGGGUACUUGCGCGCGCGUCGUUUCGGUGAAGCGACAGCGCCGCUGGGUCUAGUGGCUGUGGGUCACUCUCUGCCGCCUUCAGCCGUCACUGAACUCAAGUUGCACUCCAACAUGUUCAUGUUCCGAGCUUCUCUCGACAUGAGGCUCAUAUUCCUCGAUGCCAGAGUGGCAACACUGACCGGCUACGAGCCUCAGGAUCUGAUAGAGAAGACGCUCUACCACUUCAUACAUGGCACCGAUGUUUUGCACAUGCGAUACUCUCACUGCACAUUACUGGCGAAAGGUCAGGUGACGUCACGGUACUACCGCUUCCUGACCAAGUCAGGAGGCUGGGUUUGGAUGCAGAGCUACGCCACCAUUGUCCAUAACUCCCGCUCUUCAAGACCUCACUGCAUCGUCUCCGUUAACUACGUACUCAGUGAUAUCGAAGAAAAACAUCUAAUACUCAACAUCGAUCAAGGUCCACCAAAACUCAAUACAGAUGUACAAACACCUACACACAUACCAACAAGCACAUCACCACACAUACACGCGAGAACAGACAAAAUCAAUCAUAUACAACUCAACGAAAGUGACUUCAGUACAGAUUCAAGCGGAGGGUACAAUUAUCCUGAGUAUACUCUACCAGUAGUACCUUACGAAACACACGACGAGUACCAAACACAGAAUGGCCCAUACGAAUUAUUCUAUAACGAAAAUUACACAGAACCAGAAAUAUUACCAAAUAAUUACGUAUAUCCACAAAAUCAACGACCAUUUUCAGCUAGUUCUUCAAGUUGCAGUUCAAUUGAGAGUUCAGAAGUAAAUCAACAAUAUAAUUAUACAAAUCUAAUAUCAUUCUACGGUCAUAAUAGUCAGAAUCAAAAUGGCCGACCGUUACAGGGUAAUUUUGGGGGGAAUUUCUCUAAAAUGGCGCCCAGCCCUACUGUACAAGAUGGCGGAUAUACAAGCGUGAUAGUCGACAAUACGCAACAGUUUCAUCAUCAUAGUGGUGCUGUUAAUGAAUUUGUACACUGA